CGCACACGCCUGUUCGCGGAUUUGCUCCGCCGCCGUCGCCGCUAAACGGGACCACUCGGAAAUGGAACCGGCCGAAUAUUUCGCCGCCGCCGAACCUCCGACAUCCGCCGAAGGCUUCACCGCCAAAAAUUUCACCGUCGAAGAUUCGGACGCGGGGAGCUGG